GGGAGCUGCCCAAGCUAGAAUUUGGUCUUCUGAAUUUUCCAUAACAACUGUGUUGCAAGGAAUAGCCCGAACCUACAAAACCCUCUGAGUGUGGAACUUUCCGUAAUUGAGGGAUCAGUGAAUGGACAGAUCCAUCUUGCUGUGAAUGCUCUGGACCAGAACAAGCUCACGAUGGAAAACAAUGAUGAAAAAAAUUAUAUGUGGAAGUGAUGUUGAGAUGGGACACUAGAGAACUGAGCUAUUUGUAUCCUCAACUAUGUUUUCUAAACACCCAUUUCCUCCAUCCAUAUCCGUCUCAGGAAGAGAAACUCCUGAAUUUGGGGAGGUUUUUGACAUGGACCAGCAGGUGUGGAUCUUUCGUGAUCAGGCCCUUGUGACAGUCCCACGAAGCUACACUGUAACCCCAGCCACCGUGACUAUCCUCCCAUGCAAGUACCCAGAGUCUCUUGAACAGGGCAAAGGGAUUCCCAUUUAUUUGGGAAUUCAGAAUCCAGAUAAAUGCCUGUUUUGUAAGAAAAUUAAUGGACACCCCACUUUGCUGCUAAAGGAAGGGAAGAUUUUGGAUUUGUACAACCAUCCAGAGCCAAUGAAGCCAUUUCUGUUCUACCACACGCGGGCAGGUCGAAUGUCCACCUUUGAGUCAGUGGCUUUCCCUGGCAAUUUUGUUGCCUCCUCCGAUAUUGGCAAACCCAUCUUCCUCACAUCAAAAAAGGGGGAAUAUUACAACAUCAACUUCAGUUUAGAUAUAAAGUCUUGAAAAUCAGCAUAGAGGUGGAGGGUUGAUUAGAACUCUUCCUCUUAAAACUUCAAACCUCAAAUAUGUUAUCAUUUGUUUGAUCUGUGGUGUUUUCAUACUGAAAGGUGAGCAGGACCGACACUAUCUCAUUUCAUAGAUGAAGAAGCAACAAAACAAUGUGUACUCCAAAGUGGGUGAGAUUGGAGUGGUGUAAGGCUGUGCUCUAAGACUGAAGUGGUCCAGCCCAUAAGGCAUCAUGCUUGAGAAUAGGGUGCUAUGCCACAGUAUAUAAAACCUAGAAUGCCCUGUGUGUGAGUGGUGACAUCCUCACUUCCAGCCAUUGGUCUAAUUGAUACCAGGUUUUCACACAUUUGAAAUGUCAACUCCUGGCAUUUGAAUAGCUGAGGCCUCAUAAUGACAUGUGCUACAACAGCUAAUAGCUUUGAUUCUUCAGCAAUUGACUGCUGUGUGGGUCUGGAUACACUAGGAAAGGAAUUAGAAUCCUGAGUGAAUGAACAGUUUUUAAAAUGAUUAGAGCUAUUUAAACUAUGUUGAGGUACAAUGGUUUAUCCUUGAAGAGUGAGGAUACUGCCUGGUAAAUCAUAAAGUUAGGCCAAUUAACUCAUCUUGAACAAUUCUUUUUUGGGAUCAGUGUGUAUAAGUAAUGAUGCACAUCAUUAAAACAUUACCUUUUAUUAUUCUAGACUUCCAUAAAUCUUUUAAAGUUCUUUCCAUUAUAAUGUGCAUCUAUGGUUAAAAGCACUACUACUAUCUUGCCCUAGUCCUUUCUCUGUAAGAUACAUUCUCUUGCUCAGUUCUUUUGCCCUUGCAUCUUGCUUCCACACACCCAGGUAGACAUGGGCACAAGCAGAGUUGGACUCACUGACAGUGAGACUACUCUUAGGAGUGCCUGAUACACAGCGGCCCAGGAUGAUCUUUUUGCCUGGUUUUAGAAUUUGAAUAAUUUAUUUUAUUAUUUAUAAGUGUGUGUGUGUGUGUAUGUGUGUGUGUGUGUGAAUGCAGGUACUUAUGGAGGCCAGAUGAGGGUGCUGAAUUCCCAGGAGCUUGGAGUUACAGGAGAUUGUGAGCUGCCCAAUAAUGGGUGCUAAGGAGCUAACUCAGGUCUUCUGCAAGAGAGGUACAUGCUCUCAACCAUCAACCCAUCUCCCCACUGCAUGAAUAAUUUUUUAAGUGGCAUCAUUGCCACUUGCCUUUUACUUUAUGGGUGAGGACAGGAAGAAAUUUGGAGUCAACAAGAAAUGCUGAGGACAGCAUUGACAUUAAAUAUUAUAACUGGAAAUAAUGAUAUUCUUGAUAUUUGGACUUUAAAUAUCUGUCUCCUAAAGUUGGGUCAUUAUGAAACACAGUAUAAGAAACAAGCAAAAUGAUCCUGAGGAAGAUUGAAGUAAUCCACAAGAGAUAGUUCACGACAACCAUGCUGGUUAAUCCAAUUGAAUCCUUUAUUAAUGGCCAGACCAAGAGUGCAUUCACACCUCUGGAAAGUCUCUUGGUGCCCAACCAUAAUUACAUUUAUGCUAAUAGGAAGCAUUGGGAGUUCCCUAGUAACACCUGCUUUCUUUCCAAGGCUCAGUAAUAUCUUACAGACACUACACAGUUGGCUAGAGCAUGGUAAAGAUCAUGGCCAGUCCCAGAAGUGUUGCAAAGGUGAAUGUGGCUAUUGUGGGUGGAAGACUGAGAAGUGAUCAGGCAGGCACAAAACUAUGCUGGGAUAGUAUGGCAUUAUCUUAGUCAUUUCAAGAUAGCAUGGUGUGUAUGACUGUAGAGACAGCACACAGGUCUACUUCCCCAAGGAGGAAUCCCAUGACAGACCAAGGUACAGAUACACCAAAGUCCAACUUGGUGAACCAAUGAGUUAUACUGAGUUUACUAACAGGAAUACAGGUGAGGGGUUUCUUACAGGAGCAGAAAUGACUCAAGGACAGCUGCAUUACCAAAGCCUACUCCAGCAUUAGUGACAAUGUACAAAAGCUAGGGAACCUGGAGCAUGCAACACUGUGUACAGGCCGCUUAACAGGUUGGAGAGUGUCCUUUCCAGAAGCUUCCAUUGCUCCAAACCUCUUGCAGGCAGCUCCACUGCAUUCUGGUCUUUCAGGAAGCUGGUCUGGUCUUAGUUAUCUUAGUGUUCUUUGCAUCACAGUGCUUCUGAGGUUUUUAUUGUUUAUUCUGGCAGGGAGGGGCCUAGUAAAUUUGCUAAGAUUUCCUAAAACUAUUCUGCAUGGUUUACUUUUCUGUUUAAGUAGCCUUCCAGGCAGAUGGAAUAUUUCAAUCUUUGCAGAAACUGUUACAUAACACAUGGCAAACUCCAGGCUUCUUCAUGUUCAUCCUCGAGGCUGUCCUUCUUUUGCACAGUAUCAGGCAAUGACUCACCCAAAUGCAGUACCUCUAGCCACCCAAAUACAAUUAUAUAAUCACCCAAAUAUGAUUAUAUAAUGAAAUGUACUUAUUUCACUGCAUUUCUCACACUUGAAACAACCUAAGAAUUACCAGGAGUAUGUGUUAAACCUUUAAAAACCCCACAACUAGUAAAUUGAAACCCCUUCCUAGACAUUGCAACAUGUUUCCCAGGGAUUUCUGAUUGGCUAAUGUCUUCCUGGAUCUUCUUGUAAUUUUCUAUAUAGACAUACUAAGAUUAUAAUCAUAAUUAGGAUUAUAUAUAUGCUUCUGUAGAAAUAAAGAGUUAUCUUAAAAUG